AUAAGCAGAUUGAAUUGCUUCAGUAGUAUUAUGAACUGAAAUAAAACUAUGAAUUGCUUGAGUCGUAAUUUAUGAACUCAAAUAAAACUUUAUACAUUGCUUUAGUCGUAAUUUAUCAACUGAAGUAAAACAUUAUAUAUUCCUUCAGCAAUAGUAUUUUAUCAACUGAAAUAAAACUUCAUGAAUUGCUUCAGCAGUAUCAUCAACUGAACUUUAUGAAUAUUGUUUAGUAUGUACCAACAGAACUAGAACUUUAUGAAUAUAUACCUAUUUGUGCAGCAAUGGAAUCUAGCAAUAUAUUGCAAAUGCAGAUGAAUGGGGAAAGAUUUAGCACACCCAUUAAGAAAGCAAGUGUUCCUCUAUCUUGUUCAUCUUUUAUACCUGAAUGUGAAGAUAAUUUGAAGCCUAAAGUAGGGAUGACAUUUGAGGGACUAGAAGCUGUGGAGAAGUUCUACAAGAAUUAUGCACACGAAUCUGGUUUUGGAGUUCGUGUUGGACAGCAAAAGAAGUUAGUAAAUGAGGUAGUUCGCACUAAACGAUACAUGUGUAACAGGGAAGGAUUCAAGUCUGAGAAGGCUAAAGAGGUAGUUGAUCCAUCAAAGAAAAGGCGUAAGAACACAGCGACAAGAUGUGGUUGUGAUGCACACAUCUUUGUUAAGUUGUGCGGUAAUGAUACAUACAAGAUAGAAUCAUUGGUUGAGCACCACAAUCAUGGUCUUGUGUCACCUGAUAAGCGUCAUUUGAUCCGGUCAAAUCGUCAAGUUAGUGAGAGGGCAAAGAAUGCAUUGUACACAUGCCACAAAGCAAGCAUAGGCACAUGCCAGGCAUACAGGCUCCUCCAAGUCAGUGAGGGUGGGAUUGACGGUGUUGGAUGCACAAAGAGAGACUUACAAAACUAUUAUCGUGAUCUCAGGUAUAAAAUCAGGAACGCAGAUGCUCAAAUGUUUGUUGCCCAACUAGCUAGAAAGCAAGAAGUUAAUGCAGCCUUCUUCUAUGAUUUUGAAGUGAGUGAUGAAGGAAAUUUGAAGUAUGUGUUCUGGGCAGAUGCCACAAGUAGGAAGAACUACAAACAUUUCGGUCGUGUGGCCUCGUUUGACUCUACAUACACUACAAACCAGUAUAACAUGAUAUUUGCACCAUUUACAGGGGUUAACCAUCAUUUACAAAGUGUGUUUUUUGGUGCUGCGUUCUUAUUAAAUGAGAGGGAGGAGUCAUAUGUAUGGUUGUUUAAGACCUUCCUGAAGGCAAUGGGAGGCGAAGCGCCAGGACUCAUAAUAACUGACGAAGCUCGUAGCAUUAAAAAUGCAAUUGAUAUAGUUUUCCCAGGCAUCAUACAUAGAUUGUGCAUGUGGCAUAUAAUGGAUAAACUUCCAGAGAAAGUUGGACCGGUGAUCAGGGAAGAACCUGAAUUCUGGAAGAGGAUGAACGCAUGUGUAUGGGGUUCAGAAACCCCAGCUGAGUUUGAGUCGGAGUGGAAUUCCGUAAUUUCAGACUUUGGUUUGGAAGAUAAUGAGUGGUUUACAAAAAGGUUCAGCCUUCGUGAGUCAUGGAUACCAGCCUACUUUAUGGACAUAUCACUGCGGGCAUUCUCAGGAACAACUUCAAGGUCAGAAAGUGCGAAUUCAUUUUUUAACCGUUUCAUUCAUCGCAAGCUCACCCUUGUUGAGUUCUGGCUAAGAAACAAAUUAUUGCUGCCAGGGACCAUUGCUGUGUUCAAAGCAUUGCACAACAUGAGGGGAUAA